GGUGCCAGAUCCCGCACGGAAGCCGCCGCCCCAGCUUGGGAGUGUUUGCCUGCCGCAGACUCGAGCGGCUGUCUCUGCGCUCACUCCUUGAUCCUCUUUCAGUAGCUUUUGGAACCAGGCGGCUGAGGAACGAGGCGCUGUCCAUUCAGCACCACCGGGGGGGUUAAAAACCAGCUUUUUUUUUGGCGCAAUCCGUCGCGAACUUCCUUCCAAGAGCGAGCUGUGUGCCCUGCAGUCUGGAAAGUGAGAUCUAAGGAUGGUGAAGCUGGGAAGCAAUUUGAAUGAAAAGAACAAGCAGCAGCCGUCCAAUGAGGAUGGUUUUCAGACGGUUCCUUUGAUAACACCCUUGGAAGUCAAUCAUUUACAGUUCCCAGCUCCAGAAAAGGUGAUUGUGAAAACAAGAACAGAAUAUCAACCAGACCAGAAGAACAAAGGAAAACUUAGAGUGCCCAAAAUUGCUGAAUUCACAGUCAGUUUCACUGAUGGUGUAACAGAAAGGUUAAAGGUCACUAUUCUCAUAAGCCUGGCUCUUGCAUUCCUUGCCUGCAUAGUCUUUCUUGUGGUAUACAAAGCAUUUACCUACGACCACAGUUGCCCAGAUGGAUUUGUUUAUAAGCAUAAGAGGUGCAUUCCCGCUUCUCUCGAUGCUUACUAUUCAGCUCAGGAUUCCAACUCCCGGGGCAGAUUCUACACCGUCAUCAGCCACUACAGCAUGGCUAAGCAAACCAGCUCGCGGUCUGUAUCUCCCUGGCUUUCGUCAGGAUCGGUAAAUCAUGAAAAUAAGGCCGCUAAAACAGAAGGCCAUUAAAGCCAUGCGAUGGCCUGGGGAUGGAGGGAGUGGGAAAACCACAUCAUGUCUCUAAAUCAUUGCUCUAGUUCACAGAGGGCGCCUUGCUUAUCGGUGUGACGAGAAUACACUAACUCCAAGUGCAGGUGUCAUCUUAAUGGAUAGUUUUCUCUCUUUCAUUCAUUCUCACCUUCCCCUUUAGUGCAUUGUUCUCGUUAAUUUGUAACUAAGUCAGGAUCUUGUACAAAGGCAUGUUAGGUGUUGACUAUAUCUCACAAUGUACAAAUAUUUUUAAAACCAUUGCUAAGUAUUUGUUAAGAAAAUAAAAAUGAAACAAAAAAAGCAAACCCAGAAAACAUUGACAAGAAGGUAAAAGAAACAGUAAACAUAAUUUAUUAGGCCUUUCUUGGCUGAGAAAACAGCCUUGAAACUUGGCAAACAAAGGUGGGGAAUUUGUUUAUCACAAUGUGACAUGAAAGGAAAGUUCAGAUCGAUGGAGGAACUUUAUAGUGCACAACCAUCAUAUACAAAUAAAAUACAUAAUUGUUUGGGCAAAAAUCCAUCUCAAAGAGUUUUCAAGGGAUGGUGAUGUUAUAUGGAUGCUUUUAAAGCAAUUUAGCACCACUGGUGCUCCAAUGUGCAUUAUUCUGUCCUUAACAUUAAAAUGAAUGGGAAAGCCCUUACAUACAAGGAAACUCCUGUCUCUUUACCAAAAGCCCCACACAUGCAUUAAACUAUUGGAUUGUGGCUACUAAUCUUUGGUUGUUUCUCAAGAGGGAAAUAUUAGCCGUGAGAGUGAAUGCAAGCAGGUUCCUAUGUGUCUCCUGACUGUCAAUCCAAUUUUGAAUACAACAAUUCUGCCCUCCAACAAUCCAAAACUGACCGCCAAAAUUCAAAAACAAUGAAGCAAAAUCCGACUUAGAGAAAGAGGGUGAACUGCUAUCUCAGAAGGGCCCGGGGUUGGUUUCUUCUUCUUCUUUUUUUUUUUUGGUUAAUUUGAGAGAAAGACAAAAAAUUAUAGAAGUGAAACAAAUUUUAUUUUGAUUCCUCAAGGAGUAAGAGAGGCUUAUAUCCCCUUGGUUCCUGGGAAUCUUGCUCAACAGAGCAACAGACAGAUACCACUGCAAAUGCCCACCACAUGGCCAGCCACUCUUACAAUAGAGAGAUUCAAAGUAACACAGGAGAUAGCCUGUUUACUGUAUGUUUGCCAAAAUACAUUAAAAAUAAAAAAUGGCUAGCCAAUCAGGUGAGUUACCACACAAAUAAAAUGUUGCUAGAGAUACAGAAUAAGAGGAAUAACAAUGGUAUCUGCUACUAGCCACCAUGACCCCAAAAUGAUGAAAUAAUGCAUUAUGACAUCACGAGGCAUAUGCCUGCCCUUUCAUAUCCCAAGAUUAGAUACAAGUACCGAAGUUAUAUGUUUUGCCUGGUGAUAUUAUGACAAUAUGUAAACACUUGCCCUCCUUAUGCCAGUGGGUAUCAGAUAGCUUCAGAAAAUUAUCAUCCUUAUUGGCAAGGCUCGUUUUCUUUCCUGAGAAUCUGAAAGAGUUGGAUAAUACUGUCCUCUCCUCAAAAUGUAAAAGACAGAAAAAACAAAACCCAACCAACCAACCAACCAAAACAAGCAAACAAACAAACAAACAAACUUGUAAGCAGCAAAUAAUUUUUUAAAGUGGAAAUUAUAUUAGAAGUAGCACAAGCUGAAACAGUGAUAUUGGCUAUUCAGCUUCACAUUUUCUGCAAUAGGGAUCAAGAAGGAGGUACUGGUUCUCCUGUGUAUUGGAUAGUAUUUGAUGAAACGUAUCAAAUUAAAUUAGCACAUUGUGUAGAUGAUGAGUAAGUUACUAAAAGGAUUUUAGGAGUAUAACCUUGCUGUUUUAUGCCACAUUUGCAUGCUGGCAUUUUUAAAUUCUUCCCUUUUCAAUUGUCCUUCACCCUAUACAAUGACUAAACAUUUUUUUAAAGAAAUGCAAAAUAAUUUUAAAAGUCACCCAUGACAUAAUGUCAGAGCAGCUGUGGAAUAAACCACUACCACCGCCAAAAAACCCAUGCAUAUUUCUAUACACUCUCAUGUAAUCAUGCCUUGCACCUACUGCAGAUCAUAGCUUCACUCUUUAAGAAGAUUCUCCUAACUGACUUUGGGUUCAUUUUUACUAAUGAAGCCAACAUCUAAUAUCACUGUCAAUAUGUAGGUGGUAAAGAGAUACGGAGCUAAUCAUUGGGAAGCCAUAUUUUCCUCCCAGGAAAAAAAUCCACAUAUGUUUCAAAAACCAAGCAUAUACAUUACUCUUAAUGGAAUAUAAUGCCUGUGUUCAUUUGCACCAAGUCCUUGGCAUCAUCUAAGAAACUGUGUUAUACAAAUUGUGUUAUAUAUAGGCUACUAGUGCAGCAGGAUUAGUACUAGUGACCUUGACAGGCAAUGGCACUUCAUAGUCUCCUAAAAUAGUACUGAUUAAGGCCACAUGAUUCAACCACUUCAAGGUCUGAUCUGUGCUUAGAUGGAAGACUCAAGUCACAUGAGUCCAAUCAUAGACGUAUGUGAUACAUGGAUUUAUAUUACAGCUACAUUGAGUUCAUCUUCAGUAAAUGAAACAUGCUGAAUUUUUAACAGAAGUUCUCAGAACCCCACAAAUUGGCUUCCACAAAAUCAGUAGAGCCAUUUAGAAUGAUAAGAAUUACUGAAUAAAUGCACAGGAGGAAGCAGUUCAAGAGUGUGUUUGAUCUAAGACAUCAUAUUAGGAAACUCUGUAAUCUCAUAUAAAUUUAUGCUUUAUAAUAUAUAUAUAUAUAUAUAUAUAUAUUGGUUUUGCAAAGCUGGUUUGUGUCAAAUUAACCUUCAGUUUCAUGAAGAAACCAAGGGUGUGAUCCACCAAAUCUUAAUUUGUAUUAAUAGGAGUUGCUUGGGACUGGUCAGUGGGGGAAUUGCCCAAAUUAUGCAAAUUAAACCAAGCUGAAUGUAGAAAAAAAAAAAAGCUAAGCAAACAACAGCCGUUUUAAAAUUAAUCAAAUUGUCACUAAGAGUCCUAAAGAUGGGCCUCCUAAUCAGAUUCCUGAUUUAUAUUUUACCUGCAAGAAAAAAAGAAAGCCUACUCUACUGGAGAUGGAAAACAAAAGAAGUAAUGAUAAAUGGUUGUAUAAUGUAGCCAAAACUGUAGUGCCAAAUCUCAUUGUCUUUUUAUCCCUGUCUUUAUCUCUUUCUUCAUACUACAUCUGUAAAUCCAUUUCUCAUCUAAAAAUGUAAAAAAAAAAAUCAUUGGAAAAAAAGUAAACAAUUUCCAGAACAGUACUGGAUAAUUUAUAAUUUUGUGGUUGUUGUAUGUCAGUAGAUAGAAGAGACUGAAGUAUUUUUGGUGUAGUUCUUGACUUUUUCUGACAGGACAAAUAAAAUUAGAUGUGUCUGAGAGUCUCAA